AUUACGUCGCCGCGAAACCCCCGCUAUUCCAAGGAAACCUCCAAGGGAACCUUCACUUUUGCAAGGGAACUACAUCGACACGAUUCUCACUAUGCCCCUAUAUAAGAUUUUGUCCGAGACACCGGAACUAGAGAAGCUAGUGUAUGAGGCUGCUUCGCAAUUACAAGGCAGAACCGAGAUACCGAUCAAGGAAGAGGGAACAUUAUUUGAAUAUCAGUGGACAGAUGAAUGCUCGAAUCUAGUCAGAGAGUUUUCUAAGACUAAAGUAGGGGACGUUAGGUCUGCGCUGGAAAGAGGCGCAGACGCGAAGAUUUCGAAACAAAGACCUGCUGAUCCAACCGUUCUUCUCCUUGAAAUUGGCUGGCUAGCGACAACGAAGAGCGAAAUCGCCGUCCUUAUAUCUCUCCCAACACCUAAGGAUGCGAUCAAGAAAGCGAAGCUCCAGGCCCGGAGUGAUGUAGCUGGAGACAACAACCGCAGCGAAACAGAAUUGCCGCCUGGCUCGAUAGUAUUGGUUUUUGAAUGCGUCUGUUUCCGAAUGGUGCCAGCUGAGAUCCCAUUUGUUGUCAUAAAAUUUCUCACUUCACCGUUGGAAAGGAUAGAAUCGGGGGAGCAUGGAGGUGGAAUAUAGAUCAAAAUGUCUUAGUGCG